AUGCGCAUGCAGUGGCGCGAGCUGUGCGAACAGCGUCCGCAGUUGCUGGACGUGGCUAAGAUCAUGGACGACUUCUGGAACAACGGGCGGACAUCGGACGUGCUGAACAUAUCCAUGCCGACGCGUUUCGGGAAGUCGCUGCUUAGCACCACGUUCUCGGUGUACCUUCUGACGUGCGACGUACACACCCGCAUACUGCGUGCGUCGUAUUCAGCGGAGUUGGCGGAGUCGUUCUCGUACCAGGUGCGCAACCAGCUGGCUGCAUUCUGCGAGAAGUUGGGAAUGCAGGUGGCCACCGAGGGCACGCGCAACCGGUGGAGGAUCGCUGGCAACGACAUGGAUAACCAUGCCGGAGUCGGUGUCGGAGGUUCAAUCACUGGUUUCGGUUUCGACAUCGCGAUAAUUGACGACACGGCGAAGAACAUGCAGGACGCGAUGAGCGCAGCAUACCGCCGCAGCCUCACAUCGUUCCGCGACUCCGUACUCAUCGGACGUAUGGAGGGCAAGAAGAAAAUCCUCAAUGUCGGCACGCGGUGGACGGUCAACGACUGGUUCUCGCUGUGGCCCGAUGCGGAGGAGUACAUGCUGCCCGCGAUGAACGAUGACGGUACCAGCUGUUGCGAGGCAUGGAAGACUACCGGAGAGCUAACCAUUGAGCGCAACCGCAUAUCGUCAGAGGUGUGGGAUGCACAGUACCAGCAGCAGCCGACCGCCACCGGUCGCGUGUGUCUGUUCGAUGGUUGGCGGCCGAUAACGUGCGCCGUGCCAGAGGACGGCGACGACUUCAUCAUCAUCGACCCAUCUACCGAGUACGGCAUCGACUUCUUCACCGCGUUCCAUUACCGCCGAAAGGACGGUUUCUUGUACCUCGUGGAUGCGUUCGCUUCACCGCGUGCGGAACCUCAAGAUGUCGCAAAGUGGAUAAACCGCCAUGACUACACGGUGUGUUGGUGCGAGGCCAACGGUGUCGGCGCGUCAGUGAUCAAGAAGCUGCGGCUGUACGGCGUGCGGUCGGUGGCGUCAUUCGCAACCACGUCCGACAAGUACGGGCGUGCAUACGUACAGCGCGACAACGUGCUCAACUAUCUGCGCAUCGGUGACGGAUGCGAUGCAGAGGUUGUACGCGAACUGUUGCGGGAGGCUGAGGUCUUUCCGUGCACCGGUGACGACAUCCACGACGACCUCAUCGAUAACGUGAUAAUGGCGUUUGAGAGAAUGAAAAUACCUCGCAAGCAUUCAGGAUAUUGCGGCAUUGACGGACUCAUGGGCGGAGACCGCGAGUGUCGUCCGUUUGCAAAGUCCGAUGUCGACGGCAUCCUGUCCAUGAUCAGCAACCGCAUGCAGAAUGUGGUGUUUCAGUCUGACGUGGAGACCAUCGACAUCACGAGCAUUGCUCGGAAACUGCACGACGAUGCCGCAUCUGUUAUCCGCCACAUGUUCUACGACGGCAGCGUGUCGAUGCACAUGCCGACACUGACGUGGUCGUGGGAGCUCGAUAGUGAGAUAAGCCAUUACAACGAUGGCGACUUCGUGACGAUGUACGAUGAGGUGUAUCGCAAUACCGGUGAGACGCGCUCACAACGGAUGAAGCCGCAGAUCGAUUUUCUGAACACGAUAAACGACAGCGACCUCAACUUAAUCAUGAAUUACGGCGCGAUGGGAGUGCUCAGUCCUGAGAACAGCAGCCGCGCAGACGGUUACCUUGACGACACCGAAAUCGAGAAGAUGCAGAGCGACUACCGUAAGAACUACGGCGUUCGCUUCGGAAAGUGGGCGCUUAUGAUUACGCGCAACCCGGUGAAAUUUCAGAAGAUUGACAUGCCGAUUGCAGAACUGCAACUCAUGGACAAACGCAAGGCCGCGCUUUCGUCCAUUCUGCAGUUCAUGAACAUCCCGAAGGAGCUGCACGCAUUCUUCGAGAACGCAAAGUACUCCAACCGCAACGAGGCGGAACUCGACAUGUACGGCAACACGGUGUCCUACUGGGCUGCGAUGUUCGUGAAGAUGUUCCGCGACUGCUACGAGUGGCUGCGCAUCAACCAGCCGACAAUGCGCUACCCGACCGACAACGCGAUAUGGUUCGACAUCGUCGGCGUGCCAGCGUUGCAGGAUAAGAAGAAUGCCGAAAUCGAGGCAGCCAGCAAGGAGCUC